GAAGCGGCUGGUGAUGCUGGAACAAAUAUGGCCGCCCCGGCGUUCGUCGGCUCUUCGGGCUCCCGCAGUCCUCGGCUGCCCGCCGGCCUUCGGCUGUUCCCCCUACUGGGGCUCUUGCAGCUGCUGGCCGAGCCUGGCCUGGGCCGCGUCCACCACCUGGCGCUCAAGGAUGAUGUGAGGCAUAAGGUUCAUCUGAACACCUUUGGAUUCUUCAAGAAUGGGUACAUGAUGGUGAAUGUCAGUAGCCUUUCAGUGAAUGAGCCUGAAGGAACCACAGACAAGGACGCAGCUAUUGCAUUCAGCCUAGACCGCACAAAGAAUGAUGGAUUUUCUUCUUAUCUGGAUGAAGAUGUGAAUUACUGUAUUUUAAAGAAACAGUCUGCCUCUGUCACCCUUCUAAUCCUAGACAUCUCCAGAAGUGAAGUGCGAAUAAGAUCUCCACCAGAAGCUGGUACCCAGUUACCAAAGAUCAUCUUCAGCAAGAAUGAGAAAGUCCUUGGUCAGAACCAGGAGCCUGGUGUUAACGCUGUUUCAGCAGGCAGCCAGACUCAGAAAAAACAAGACAGUGGAAAGUCUGAAAGAAGUACAGUGGAUUCAAAGGCAACAGGAGAGAAAUCCUUUUCUGUUCGUAAUAAUGAUGGGGCAGUUUCAUUUCAGUUUUUCUUUAACAUCAGCACUGAAGACCAAGAAGGCCUCUACAGUCUUUAUUUUCAUAAAUGCCCUGGAAGUGAAAUACGGUCUAAUGACAAGUUUUCAUUCAGCCUCGAUAUCGACAUCACAGAGAAGAAUCCUGACAGCUACCUCUCAGCGGGAGAAAUUCCUCUCCCCAAAUUAUACAUUUCUAUGGCCUUUUUCUUUUUUCUCUCUGGGACCAUCUGGAUUCACAUCCUUCGAAAACGACGGAAUGAUGUAUUUAAAAUUCACUGGUUGAUGGCCGCCCUUCCUUUCACCAAGUCUCUUUCCUUGGUGUUCCACGCAAUCGACUACCACUAUAUCUCCUCCCAGGGCUUCCCGAUCGAAGGGUGGGCUGUGGUGUACUACAUCACUCAUCUCUUGAAAGGGGCGCUGCUGUUCAUCACCAUCGCACUCAUUGGCACCGGCUGGGCUUUCAUUAAGCACAUCCUUUCUGAUAAAGACAAAAAGAUCUUCAUGAUCGUCAUCCCGCUUCAGGUCCUGGCAAACGUGGCCUAUAUCAUCAUAGAGUCCACCGAGGAGGGGACGACUGAGUAUGGCCUGUGGAAGGAUUCCCUGUUUCUGGUGGACCUGCUGUGCUGUGGAGCCAUCCUCUUCCCGGUGGUAUGGUCAAUCAGACAUUUACAAGAAGCAUCAGCAACAGAUGGAAAAGCUGCCAUUAACUUGGCAAAGCUGAAACUUUUCAGACAUUACUACGUCUUGAUCGUAUGUUAUAUAUACUUCACCAGGAUCAUUGCAUUUCUCCUCAAACUUGCUGUUCCGUUCCAGUGGAAGUGGCUCUACCAGCUCCUGGAUGAAAUGGCCACGCUGGUGUUCUUUGUUCUAACGGGGUAUAAGUUCCGUCCAGCUUCAGAUAACCCCUACCUACAACUUUCUCAGGAAGAAGAUGACUUGGAAAUGGAAUCUGUUUCUGGAAAGUGGGGACUGUGUUUCUGCUGCAGCACAGAGAGGUCACGUGACUCGGGCAGGCUUACACCGCAUGCAGAGAGCGGGUCAGGAUUUGAACCCAGAGUGACCACGUCAGGGGUGAUGGAGAAUAUGAAGAAAGUCAAGAAGGUGACCAACGGCUCGGUGGAGCCGCAGGGUGAGUGGGAAGGCAGCGCGUGAUGGAGCAGCUCCGAGGCGGCACUGUCAAAGGAAACCAUUGAUUCAUAGUCCUGUUGGUCAGCGAGAGAGGUCGGCCCCUCCCGACGGUGACACCGCAGAGCACGUGGCUGGGAGCAAAUUACCACGGAAGCUGAACUUUUCACUCUUUCUGGAAGCCGGAUCUGUGGCUAGUGAUAGGCAGCUAGAAUUCUUCUUCAGGUGGGAGUGCUGGGUAGGGGGUGUAAGAGAAGGAGGUUAAAAGGAAGACUUUGUUUUUAAUCUCUAUUAUUUUAAAUUGGGAACUCUUCAGGUAGGUGCAGUUGUGACCCAGUGUGUAGCAGCGGAAUGCUGGUGGAUGGGGCAUGGCGGGUGGCGGUGUGUCUGCAGCCAUUCAGGGCAUGGGAAGGGGCUUUAGGAAACGAGCAGAUGUCGAGUGGGGCACGGGGGCUCACAAAGAAGGGAGCGGCGAGCAUCGCUGCAUCUUGGGGAGAAAAAACGAGUGAGAUCAGGUUAUUUUAGAAAGCAAAGUCAAAACCCAAUUUAGUAUUAAGAACCUGCCCCAGGAUUUCCGGCCCUGAAUGUCACCCCAGACCUUCAUCCCGGAUUCUGAAAGUGACCAGGAACAACGGUCGUCCGAGGGCUGCGGUGUCAGAGUCAAGGCCCUGGUGGUGGCAAAUGGUUCUCUUGACUGAAGUGUGUUGUGUUACCUAAUGGAUGGACGGAAGUGUGUUUUUAAGCUUGAAAAGCCGCCUCCUGUAGGAUUUCCCUGAACAUCUGGUUCCCCCGACGGCCAGAGCAGCACCGUCUCUGGCGGCCCUCUCUUCUCGCAGCUGCAUCUAUUGUGUGUGAUCAGAAUACGGGGAAACAGGAAGGACUUUUCCUUAAGGAGCAGCUGGGGGCAGAAAGGAUAAUGUUGAAGCAAAUCCUUAAGGCAAAUCAUCAUCAUGACAAAGCUUUUCCUGUAGCCAGGUAGGACUUCUAAAGGGAGGAAUGAAGCAGACCUUGUCCCUGUAUUCCAAGAGUAAGUAUGCGAAGAAGAUGAGGGUGAUUAAACAGGUUUACUCUCGGGGUGUGGGGAUGAUGAGAUCUUUCACAGAAGCUCAGUGAGGUUGCCUUCCAAACUUUCAGAGCUUGGAGAGGAACACGGAUAGCUUGCCAGAGGUGAACAGUAUUGCAGCUCGUAGCCAAGUCAUCUGAGUAGUGGGACAAGCUCAGAAGGUUCACUGUGAUGGAGGGCAUAGCAGGGCUUACCGCUCAUUUCCUACUAAGGCUUUGGCUGCCAGAGCCUGAGCUGGGGACUGAAACACUGCAUCAGGCAAGCUCCCUGGAGCGUGGGGUCCUGGCCGGGCGGGGUAGCUCCCGGUGCCCACGUGCGUCAGGAGCCCGAGCCCCACCCGACCUCCUGGCCUGCCUCCUGGGUGCUGGAUGGUGACGGUAGCUGGUGGUUAUUCUCUUACCUCUGUCUUGGAAGGGUCGAUCAGAAGCCACAAGAUUUAGGGGUGCCGCUCAGUAUGCCCGGUUUGGGAACCUGAAGUGUCUUUACUCAGAAAACAGUUGUUUUCCCUCUCCUGUACCAUUGUCACUUCCUAAAUGGCCAGUGAGGAAGCAAGUGUCCUUUUUAUGCACUUCGAUGAGCCCUCUGUGCUCUGCCCAGUGCCACCUCCACAGGGGCUCGGUCCUGGCUGAGUGAGGAGGAAGAGCCAGCAUCUUCCAAGGCCGCUGCUGCCCAUCUCUCCGCAGAUAUCUUAGGGAAGGGUUCGUGUGUCUUCCCAUCUUCAGGAGCAAGGGAACAUGCCCCAAGUAUUCAUCUAAGGGCCUUUUUUUGUCUUUUAAGUAAUCUUGGAGCUGUGUGACGGGAGAAGGAAGUGGCAGGGAGGACGGGAGUAUUUUUCAGACUUUGUUUUCCUGAUGUGAACACCAUCCCAGUGAUUAAGAAAUGUGUCUCAUACUGUGUCCAAAACUCCCUUUGGUGCUUCCCUCCGAGGGACGUGUUUGCUGUUUGUCCUGCAAGCAGAUGUUCUCGACUAGGCCAAGACCUCUUGGCAAGAACCAAAGGUUUGAGGAAACACACACACACACACAUCACGAAAGGGUCUCCACGGAGGUGUCCUCACUUCAUGUGCUGGAAGCGGGGAAGCGAGUGAAUGAAGCUGAGGGUGUGCAUGUGGGCUGGUACCGGCCCCUGCUCAGCCCUCCUGCUCUGAGGUCCCCGGGCCCCAGCCGUCACAGGAGGGCAUGAGCCAGAGGGCUGGGCUUCUCUGUGGUACCGGGUGGUCUUCAAAUCCCACGCGGCACCUCUAGGCUCACAGAAUGGCUGAGAGGCUGCAGUUUUACAGUCCUGACCCUUCUGGAACCGGAAGGUACAAAUGAGAUAAGGUGGUGGAUUAGAAAUAAAGGCAGGCCGCAGGCUUCCUAACAAACGGGUCGUCUGCCCACGUCCUAUAUUUUAACUGGCAGAAGGUUUAAAGGCAGGCCGCUGAUCAAGAGAAAUCAAAACCCCAGCCCAAGAUUGGGAAAAUAGGUGGUAGUUCAAGUUUUUACAAAAUUAUUUAAGCUCUUCAUCCUGUUCCGCAAAAAUUUGUUCUCUUUCUAUGACUUGAUGGCUAUGAGCAGCAUUCAGCUCUACUCUUGAGUAAAGAUGACUGAUUGGGGUCUAAAGCCAAGUUGCUUCCCCAGCUGACAGCCCGCUUCCUGCAGCCCGAUUUUCACCGUCCGCUUGGGCUCGUGGCGAUGCAGUGUGUGAGUGGUUAAGCGCGCUCAGUAUUUCAGGGAUCGGUGCACAUCACAGAACGAUCGGUGGUAUUUAUAGCUUCGCCCUGUGCUGCUGCUCCCCGUUUUCUGCCUGCGUGAAAUAUACGUACUUCCUCUGAGCAUCCGGCCGUGGGCUGGAAGUGCCGCUGCCUGUGAAACUUUAGGAAGUGAAGGGUCUGUUUUCCUUUAAUAAAGUGUGUGUGUUUUGCUGGAAAAUUACUUCUUGGACCACAAGAACCAUCACUGAUCUCUUAAUCCUGGCUCUUAACAGUGGCCAAAGACUCCAUCAGCCUGUUUCUUGGUCCCACAGUACUUUAACGUUUUAGCAGCAGUGCCUCCACUGAAUAUGCCUGCUGGCUCGUUCUCUUGUAAAGAGAAGCUUGCUCUAGUGUAAAAGAUGGUUUCUCAGAUCAUAGCCUGAGUCAGUUCAGUUUUCUUUCAAGAAACCACUUUAGAGUAAAAUUUCCAGUUUUUUUUUCCCCUGGACAUGUCCGGCCAGCCAAGGCGGCACCCAGUCUCUUCAUAAGUCCACUCCACGGGGCUGUCACGGCAAGGCGUCCACUCGCUCAUUGUGAUCUCACCACAGGAUGCUCUCCUCCCCCCUCCGUCUUCCCUCUCCCCCUCUUCCUCCUCCCCCCUCCCUCUUCCCCCUCCCCCUUCCCUCUCCCCCUCUUCCUCCUCCCCCCUCCUCCUUCCCCUCCUUCCUCCCCUUCCUCCCCCUCCUCCCUCUCUCCCCUUCCUCUUCCCCCUCCUCCUUCCCCUUCUC